AUGACUCUCCAGGGAUUAAAAUGUCUAAUACUCCAUUGUUUGAUUGCCCCCCCCCACCUUCAGGCUGAUUUCGACAGUGCUGCAGAAGAUGUAAAAAAAUUAAAAACGAGGCCAAGUGAUGAUGAGCUGAAGGAACUAUAUGGACUCUACAAACAGUCUACUGUUGGAGACAUUGAUACUGAGUGUCCAGGAAUGCUAGAUCUGAAAGCCAAAGCCAAAUGGGAAGCAUGGAACAUUAAAAAAGGUUUAUCAAAGGAGGACGCCAUGACUGCCUAUAUUUCUAAAGCAAGAGAGAUGAUAGAAAAAUAUGGGAUCUAAAAUACUCCACAAUGAUUGCCAUAAAUAAUUCAUUAACUUUUCAGUAGCUAAUGAACUAACUCUUUUGAGGAAAAAAAUGCAAUACUAACAUUUUCGUGUUUAGUUUGACACUAAGAUUUACCAACAUGAGCUAUUCACCUACAAGGUAGUAUUUACACAUGCACUGUACUUCUUAAGACACUAACUGUACUUCUUUUAGAACAUUUUUACCUACAAGAUUUAUUUAGGUUUUAAACAAUCUCUUCUUUUUCCCUUUUUUUGAGGAGGCAGAAAGAUCAAAUUCCUCCUGAAGACAAAACUACUUACCUGUCUUUUUUUCCAAAAGAUGUAAUGGAGUACAGGGAGAGGGACUGAAAAAGA